AUGACCGAGACCUCUCCAAGUCCACAAUCCUUCGAGAUCAUUUCCUCCCUUCGUUUUGACCCGGGCCUUCCAGAUGCAGCCUGUCGCCAUGCAUCUAGCUAUCCUGAUCCUCACAAAUCUCCCUACUACCUCCUCGCCUAUCACCAGGACCGGCUCAUAGCUGCUGCGGCUCAUUUCCAAUGGGACGGGGCCCUAACCUGGCUGCAACAAGACUUGCAAAGCUUUGAGGAGUUCCUCGACUCGUCAAUUGCAGACAGAAGCAAAGCAUGGAGGCUUCGGAUUGUAGUAAACAGCCAAGGAAAGGCGAGAGUUGAGGGGAAUGCAACAGCGAGCAUUGAUCUAAUGAGUUUGUUCAUUCCCUCUCUACAUACGAACCCAGACCCCCCGGUAUGGCGCGUCUAUGUCGAUACAGAAUCAACAAUUCCUUCCGGAUUUACCACAUAUAAAACCACCGCGCGUGGUGACUACACGGCUGCACGGCUGAGAGCGGGGAUCAAUUCGCCGACAGACCUUGCGGAGGUACUGGUGGUGAACCCAAAUGACGAAGUUAUGGAAGGCAGCAUCACUACGCCGUACUUCCUGCGGGACCAUCUGUGGAUCACGCCUCCGCUGAGCAGCGGCGGCAAUGCAGGUACAACACGGAGGUACGCAUUGUCCCAGGGGUUUUGCCUAGAACACACCAUAUCCCGGGAUGAGCUUGUGGAUGGCGAGUUGUGUUGGUUGAGCAACGGCGUAAGGGGGUUCAUUCGAGGCCAGAUCAUAACCAAGUAA